UCCGUAACUUUUUACUUUCCACUAAUUUUGUCAUUUGUACUAUUUGAUGCACUAAAAAUUCAUCUUUCUUGUUAUCUCUUGCUCUCUUUCAAUAUUAUUUGUUCCUUGUCGGUUACCUUAGUUUUCAAUUUGCGUAUCUUCUCUUCCAGAUCACAUGAUUUUAUAUCGUUGCUGCGCUCGCUUGAAGCAUACUGUUCAAAGAACUCCGUAAUAUUUUUCUUAACAAAACUUCCUCAUCCUUAUAAUAAAAAGUAUUAUAUAAUCGGUUGUGUUGUUGUACUCUUUCACUAUCCCGGUGGCAAGUUAUCCCAUGUAUUAAAAACGUUAGUUAUCAA